ACACAUGAGUAAACGGCCAAGCGAGCAGGAUCCCGAUCCUGAAAAGAAGUUUAAGCACGAUAACGUCGAGUCCGUUGGCAACAACGGCCACGUGGAUGACGGUAACGGUGACGGUGAUGGUGACGGUGACAGUGGUAAUGGAAAUGAAAGUACCAGUCUGUCAACCAGUGCGUCAACCCUGUCACCGCACCAAUCAGCUCCUAAACAGGCCUCUCAAACAGAUAUUUCAUUAACAGCCCUGUCAGCUUUACUGGCACUCCAGGCAACUUCACCACCUGUCCCUACCACGCUCCCGCCCGCGUCUAAACCCGAACAUGGUAGUGACGAAUGGCACCGGUUACGCAAGGAAAGCCAUAAAGAAGUCGAGCGGCGGCGGCGGGAAAACAUCAACGGUGGAAUCCGCGAGUUGGCAGGCUUGAUUCCUACCAGUGACACAAACAAGGCCCAGAUUUUGCAGAGAGCCAUUGAGUAUAUUAAGAGACUUAAGGAAAAUGAAACCAAUAAUAUCGAGAAAUGGACGCUUGAAAAGCUUUUGACAGAGCAGGCGGUCAGUGAGUUGGAUGCAUCCAACACCAAGUUAAAACAGGAGUUGGAGCGGGCGUAUAGGGAGAUUGAGCAGUUGAAAAGAGAGUUGUCAAAUGAGUAGUGUAUAUUACAAUGUAUGAAACCAAACAGUUCGAUGUGCUAAUGCUAACAAAAAGAUGCUAAAAAAAGGAUGAAGUAAAGAUGACUGCUGCACUUACGCUAACGUCCUUUUUUCUCGUCUUUGUCAUUUGUCUUCUUCUCGUCCUCAUUCUCCGUCUCCUCAUUCCCCAGCUGCUGGUAUAUCUCGUUCAAUCCCAACACCCGCGCCACCUCCUGGUCGUAAUUCAAAUAGUUCACCAAUACCUUAAAGUAAAACGGAUCAAUCUUCAUGGGCUCAAAUCCACCGCGAGACUCAAUCAACAUCCGCGUCAGCU